AUGGCUGCCUCUAUGAUGCAGGCUGUGGUUUUCCAUGAGCCGUAUAAUGUUGCUGUUGAGCAGAGACCUAUUCCUACUGUGCAGGAACCUGAGGAUGUGGUUAUUAAGGUGACGUAUACGGCGCUUUGCGGGAGUGAUUUGCACACUUACCGUGGUGUUGAGCCUGCUGAGCCUGGCUUUAUCAUGGGCCAUGAGUUUGUAGGUGAGAUUGUCGAGCUUGGCAGUGCGGUGAAGAGCUUCAAGAUGGGGGAUCGCAUUGUUAGUGCUUUCACGACUUCGUGUGGCCAAUGCUACUACUGCAAGCAAGGAUUCUCCUCUCGCUGCGAAAAGAGCAAGCUUUUCGGAUGUGAGGUUCUGAACGGUGGUCAGGCUCAAUAUAUUCGAGUGCCCAACGCCGAAGGUUCGGCUAUGAUCGCCCCCGAAGGCGUUGACGACAAGUAUCUCGUUCUUAUGGGUGAUAUCUUUCCAACAGGCUACUUCGCCGCUAGCAACGCAUUCAAGAACUCGACACCGCAGCAAAUUGCUGAGCAAACUGUAGUCGUUAUCGGCUGUGGACCCGUUGGUCUUUGCGCCCUGAUCAACGCACUCGAGUUCAAGCCUAAGCAUCUUCUGGCUGUUGAUUCUGUUCCGUCUAGGUUGGAGCUUGCGAAGUCUCUUGGUGCUGAGCCGUGGAACUUCAUGACUGAUCGUGAGGGGUUGGAUAAGCGCGUUCUGGAGUUGACGGAGGGACGCGGUGCUGAUGCUGUUAUUGAGGUUGUGGGAUUGAGUCCUGCGCUAAAGACUGCUUAUGAUCUUUUGAGGCCUUGGGGUACUAUUAGCAGUGUUGGAGUUCAUAAUGCCGAGAUUCCUUGGGGCGGUGCUGAUGCCUAUAACAAGAACCUUACAGUCCAGAUGGGUCGGUGCCCCGUGAGGUCGGUUGCACCGCAGGCUUUGGAGAUUUUGAAGAAGAACCAGCAUAAGCUUGGAUUCAUGACUGAGAAAUUGAUGCCGCUGUCGCAGGCUGUGGAGGCAUAUGAGUUGUUCAAUGCUAUGAAGGUUCAGAAGGUUAUCUUCUUGCCUGACCAGUAG